UGUAACCUGACUCUGUGUUUAAGCAACCACCACCAGACCCCUCCUCUGUCUAUAAAUAAAGCCCGGAAGUCUCGGAUUCGGUGUGGCAAAGAUUCGAGCUUUCAGGCUGCGAGACACUGGGAACAACCUGAACCUCAAGACCCAGGACUCAGAUUUCCGCUUUUAGCAACUUGUAAGAAUGGAAGACACCUUCCUGUUUACUUCGGAGUCCGUGAACGAGGGACACCCCGAUAAACUCUGUGAUCAGAUUUCGGAUGCAGUGCUCGACGCCUGCCUCGAACAAGACCCCGACAGCAAAGUUGCCUGCGAGACUUGCACCAAGACGAACAUGGUCAUGGUCUUCGGAGAGAUUACAACCAAAGCCAAAGUGGACUACGAGAAGAUUGUGCGAGAUACCUGCCGUACAAUUGGAUUUGUUUCAGAUGAUGUUGGUCUUGAUGCUGACAACUGCAAGGUCUUGGUUAACAUCGAGCAACAGAGCCCUGAUAUCGCCCAGGGCGUUCACGGCCACUUGACCAAGCGGCCUGAGGAGAUUGGUGCGGGUGACCAGGGUCACAUGUUUGGUUAUGCCACUGAUGAGACCCCUGAGCUUAUGCCUCUGAGCCAUGUUCUUGCCACCAAGCUUGGUGCCCGUCUCACUGAAGUUCGCAAGAAUGGAACCUUGCCGUGGCUGAGACCUGAUGGCAAGACGCAAGUCACUGUUGAAUACUACAAUGACCAUGGCGCUAUGGUUCCAAUCCGUGUCCACACGGUUCUCAUUUCAACUCAGCAUGACGAAACUGUUACCAACGACGAGAUUGCUGCUGACCUCAAAGAGCAUGUUAUCAAGCCUGUUGUUCCUGAGAAGUACCUAGACGAGAAGACUAUUUUCCAUCUCAACCCAUCAGGUCGAUUUGUCAUUGGUGGACCGCACGGUGAUGCUGGCCUCACUGGCCGCAAAAUCAUCAUUGACACCUACGGUGGUUGGGGAGCUCAUGGUGGUGGUGCCUUCUCUGGCAAGGACCCUACCAAGGUAGACAGGAGUGGUGCCUACAUUGUUAGGCAGGCUGCUAAGAGCAUUGUCGCCAAUGGUCUUGCUCGCAGGUGCAUAGUGCAGGUCUCGUAUGCCAUUGGUGUUCCCGAGCCACUAUCAGUGUUCGUUGACAGUUAUGGCACCGGAAAGAUUCCUGACAAGGAGAUUCUUAAACUAGUAAAGGAGAACUUUGAUUUCAGGCCCGGGAUGAUUGCGAUUAACCUCGAUCUCAAGCGGGGCAGGUACUUGAAAACGGCUGCUUACGGACACUUCGGUAGGGAUGACCCUGACUUCUCGUGGGAAGUGAUGAAGCCAUUGAAGUGGGAAAAGCCCCAAGAGUAGAACAAGUGCUUUUCCUCUCUGCUUGCAGUUGAUCAAUAAUCUGCUUCUUCCGAGCAGCCGGUUUUCGAAAUCAAGAGUCUUGCUUUUGCUUUUUCUUUUAAUUGUCUUUCCCUUAUCUUUUUUUCCACUUGAAAUAUUUCAAUUUGGCAUGUUUGGAUCACAUUAUACAAGAUGUAUUGAAUUCUGAGUCUUGGUGUAUGAAAACAUGUAGAAAAAAAGCUGGUUUCUUAUUAGCUGCAAGGCAACUUCAA